AGUGGCCAACGGGGACCGCUGCUGCGGUGGUACCACAAAUAUACCAUCCAGUGGGUGGCAAUUUAGGAAAAAAUUAUUAUGCAAUGCAGAGGAGCGCAACAAACCCAACCCUAGACCCUGCCCUUCAGAUCUCAUCUCUAAAGUUUUCUUAAAAUUUUCACGCCUCUAAUUCGUCUAUCUUCAACUUCUGCAACCCUGCUUGCAACCCCAUAAUAAUCUCGGGUAAGAUUCCCUUUUGCUUCUCUUGGGUAACUGUUUCGGAUUCUGCCUGUCACGGGACAAGUUGGUUUGCAAGUUUAGCUUCAUUCUCUUUCUCUACUUGGGUAUUUUCUUAGGUUUGAUUUCCUGAAAUUCUAUUCAGUUUGCAGUAUGUGUGUCAAUUUAUUGGGUUUCAAAUGAAUUACUCAAGGGUCUGAGUAUAGUGGCGUGGGUAAAGCUAUAGUUGUGAGUUUGUGAAUCGACUUGUAGAUUUGAUUAGUAGUCUAUGGUUUUGGAGAAUUUAAUGAGAUGAACGCAGUUAGAUUUCUGGGUUUUGUAAAAUUAGAGUGAGAAUUAGUUGUUUGUGUGAGAUACAGUUAGGAGAAUUUGUUUUUUUUUUUUGUAAACUGCAGUUUUUGGGAAUUUCCUGUACGUGUGAGACAAUUGUGUAAAGGGGAAUCAUGGGUGAGAAAUUUUUAUUGAAUGAAGAAAAGGCCAUGGUAGAAUCCUUAUUAGGUAUGGAGGCUUGCGAAUUUUUGAUCGCAUCUGCUUCUAACAAUGUAAUGGCAGAUUUGGUUUCUCCUCCUAGUAAUUUGGGUGUGCAGCAGGGGUUGUGCCAGCUUGUAGAUUGUUCCAAUUGGAAUUAUGCAAUUCUCUGGUAUGCAUCCAGCUUGAAAUCUGGUGGGUCCAUCUUGUCUUGGGGUGAUGGGGUUUGCCGAAAUCCCCAGGGCGGUGGAGCUGGAGAGGGGAGGGAUAGCAAAUUUGAGGCAGCUGAGAAAAGAGAAGAAGUGAAGAAGAUUGUGCUUCAAAAGCUGCAUGCAUGCUUUAAUAUGUCAGAUGGUGAUAAUUAUGCAGCCAGUUUGGAUGGGGUUUCAGAUGUGGAACUUUUUUACCUAAUUUCGAUGUAUUUUACUUUCCGGUGUGAUUCAUCAUAUACUCCUGCAGAGUCGUAUAAGUCUGGUAGAUCAAUUUGGGCUUCAGAUGUGGUUAGUUGUUUAGAGCAGUAUCAGUUAAGAUCAGUUUUGGCAAGGUCAGCUGGACUCCAAACGGUAGUCUUCUUACCUGUUAAGUGUGGAGUUGUAGAGCUCGGUUCAAUCAAGUCCAUACCUGAAGAGCAUAAUCUUGUGGAAAGGGCAAAAACUAUCUUUGGGGUAUCAAAUGCUGUGCAGGCGAGAGCAUGUCCAAAAAUUUUUGGCCAUGAACUAAGUUUGGGUGGCACAAAAUCCCGAUCAAUUAGUAUUAACUUCUCUCCAAAAGUUGAAGAUGAUCUGGUUUUUGCUUCAGAAUCUUAUGCAGAAGCAAUAGGCACUAAUCCAGUUUAUGGAAGUACUUCUAAUGGCUGCACUGGCGACGCUAAUGAAGCAAAACUGUUUCCACAUUUGAACCAAAUGAAUCUUUCGGGUUUCAAUGCUGAAACUAUGGUCACUGGUUUGGAGCAGCCUAAGGAUGAUCUGUCUCCUCAGCUAGAUGAACGAAAACCAAGGAAGAGAGGGAGAAAGCCUGCAAAUGGGCGGGAAGAGCCACUGAAUCAUGUUGAAGCAGAGCGACAGAGGAGGGAGAAGCUCAACCAGAGAUUCUAUGCAUUAAGAGCUGUUGUCCCCAAUAUUUCUAAAAUGGACAAGGCCUCUCUACUUGGUGAUGCUAUUACCUAUAUCACUGAUCUCCAGAUGAAGAUUAGAGUUUUGGAAACUGAGAAGGAGAUGACUAACAAUAGACGAAAGCAACCAUCAGUCCCAGAGAUUGAUUUCCAGUCAAGACAGGAAGAUGCAGUAGUGAGGUUGAGUUGUCCUUUGGAUGCUCACCCAGUUUCUAGGAUCCUAGAAACAUUCCAAGAACAUCAAAUUACUGCUCAAGAGUGUAAUGUGUCCACCACAACGGAGAAUGAUAAGAUCAUCCACACAUUCUCUAUCCGGACUCAAAGUGGUGUCGCUGAGCAGUUGAAGGAGAAACUGGAGACUGCCCUUUCUAAAUGAACUCUUUGUACAGUUGUAUUUGUAAUUUCAGUCCCUCCCAUGCAUAUUAUCGCCAAAAGUAAGGGGGGGAGGUUAUUGAGGCUGUAACUAACAAUUUGACUGUUAGCUGGUGCCGUUAAUGUUCUGUAAUCAAACUUCUUGUUGUUGUAUGAACUUAUAUCAAAUUUUAAGACAUGGAAUUGGUAAUCCCUGUUAUGAUC